GGAAACAAACAGCUGACUGAGCAAACGUCUCCGCUGAAGACCGACCGACCGCAAGCUUUCUGUCUCUGACCGGCCGACAGACGACAUCGUACAACAUGGACAACAGCGACAACCCGUUUCACCCCAGCCUGACAGCCGCUCUCAUAAAGCUCGACCCAGAGGACGGCGAGCAGAUCGCGGAGUAUUUCAAAACUCAGGCCCUGCUGAUGAGAGAGAAAGCACUGCUGCAGGCGUCAGUCAGAGAUCAGAAGAAGCUGCUGGUUGAAAAUGGCAAACUGAAGAAAGACAUCGAGCAGCUGAGAGUUCAACUGCAAGAAAAACAGAGAAGACGUACAGCGAAGGCGUUGUUCUCCCCGCCUCCUCCAACGCUAAGCCCCGCCCCUGCAACACCUGUCAUUCAACCUCCCUCUCCUGCUGGAGCAACGGCUGCUGUUCCCACAAAUCCUCCUCCCCUCUCCUCAAACGACCGGGGGGAGAGACAGAGCAGGAGGAGGAGAGGAGAGAGGAAAGGCCGGCCCUCCUCAGACUUCCUCCCCUUGGGGGCGGAGCCUCGGGUCGAUGUGUCCCGGCUGGACCUUCGGGUCGGCCGGAUCCUCAACGUUCGCUGCCACCCGCUGGCCGAGGGGCUGUCUGUCCAGGAGGUGGACCUGGGAGAGAGCGCCCCCCGCAGGGUCGUCAGCAAACUGGGAGGGAAAACGCCACCGGAGGAGCUCCAGGGCGGUCUAGCUGUGUUGCUGUGCAACGUCAAGGCUCGUAAAGUGAGGGGCGUGGUCUCCCAGGCCCGCCUCCUCUGUUGCUCCGCCUCUGAUGACUGCACAGAGCCGUUGGCCCCGCCCACAAGCUCCACCCCUGGAGACAGAGUCACCUUCCACAACUACCCUGGUGAUCCGGACCGAGAGCUGCAGUCCAAGCAGAAGGUUUGGGAGCUUCUUCAGCCGGACCUGCAGGUGGACGGCAGGGGCGUGGCCACCUAUAAAGGCUGCCGGUUUGAGGUGAAGGGGAAGGGACUCUGCAGGGCCCCGUCCUUCACCAACUGCACCAUCAGAUAGACACAGCAAGGAUGCUUUUAUUGUGAAAACCUGCUGCUGGCGAACACUUUGAUAGUUAGUAGCUAGUGCUGUUAGAUAACAAAAGAAGAAUUAAAGAAAUAAAAUUCAUUUAAUUUCA